AGGCAGUGUGUGAGGGGGUGGAGUCUGUUCCUAUGGAGACCAGGCUGAAAAGGCUGUGUGUGAGGGGGUGGAGUCUGUUCCUAUGGGGACCAGGCUGAAAAGGCGGUGUGUGAGGGGGUGGAGUCUGUUCCUAUGGGGACCAGGUUGAAAGCGAAAGCCUUCUGAGAGAGAGAGCAGCUCGACCUACAGUUCCAACAACGUGAAUGUCCAUCUCCAUUCUCCUCAGUCGAUGUGUUUGCCAGUCAAGCGUGUCUCUCCGCUCUGAAUUUCUUAUUUUGCAAACUGUACAUCCAAACGACACCUGGACAUCUCAAAUCAAGGACCGCGUUUCUUGGACCAAAACAAGUGUAAAUCUGCUGGACCUGGUCGACUGCUCUGCGACUACUACCACUCCGAGUCAGUCCUGAGACAUCACCAUGGAGAAGUAUGAGAAGAUGGGGAAGAUCGGGGAGGGGUCCUACGGCGUGGUGUUCAAGUGCAGGAACAGGGACACGGGACAGAUCGUUGCCAUCAAGAAGUUUGUGGAGUCUGAAGACGAUCCUGUCAUUAAGAGGAUCGCUCUGAGAGAGAUUAGGAUGCUGAAGCAACUGAAGCACUCCAACCUGGUGAACCUGAUUGAGGUGUUCAGACGUAAACGUAAGCUACACCUGGUGUUUGAAUACUGUGAUCACACCGUCCUCAACGAGCUGGACCGAUACCCCAGAGGUGUUCCAGAACAUCUGGUAAAAAGCAUCACCUGGCAGACACUCCAGGCUGUCAACUUCUGUCAUAAACAGAACUGCAUCCACAGAGAUGUGAAGCCCGAGAAUAUCCUCAUCACUAAACAGCAGGUCAUUAAGCUCUGUGACUUCGGAUUCGCCAGGAUCCUCACCGGUCCAUGUGACUACUACACAGACUAUGUGGCAACGCGAUGGUACCGUGCCCCUGAGCUGCUCGUGGGUGAUACUCAGUAUGGAGCUCCUGUUGAUGUUUGGGCGCUGGGCUGUGUCUUCUCUGAGCUGCUCUCUGGCAUCCCCCUCUGGCCUGGCAAGUCAGACAUGGACCAGCUCUACCUCAUCAGGAAGACACUGGGAGACCUGAUCCCCCGCCACCAGCAGGUAUUCAGUAAGAACCAGUUCUUCAGUGGAGUGUGCAUCCCAGAGCCUCAGGAAAUGGAAACUCUGGAACUGAAAUACCCCAACCUAUCAUAUCAAGCACUGAGUCUGAUGAAGGGCUGCCUGCGUAUGGACCCGUCGGAGCGGCUGACCUGUGAGCAGCUUCUGGAGCACCCGUACUUCGACAGCCAACGGGAGGAGAGCGAGAGCACCGGACGGGAACAUGACCGCUCCACCAAGAAGAGGUCACGCCUCCUGCCCCGCAAACACCUCCCACCUGGGUAUUUGCCUCAGCUCACCAGCAGCAGUAUCUUCCCAGCUCUGGACAACAAGAAGUACUAUACCAGCCUGAGGAAAUUCAACUACCACUUCCCUAACAUCUAAAUCCACCAUUUUGGUUCAGAAAUUCAACUACCACUUCCCUAACAUCUAAAUCCACCAUUUUGGAUCAGAAAUUCAACUACCACUUCCCUGACAUCUAAAUCCACCAUUUUGGAUUUGAAUGGUCCAGUUGCACAUUCAUCAACAUAUACCGUGUUCACGGUGCUAGUCAGAACUAGGAAACGGACAUUUCCUGGUUGUAGUUAUAGGUGUGUCGCGUACAAUGAAUCAACAAGUGGGACAUUUCUGAGUUUUCUAGUUCCGACUAGCAUGUAAACACGGCAAUAUUCUGGUCAGCUCAGGAACCAGGAAGUGAAUCACAACGUGGAAGGACAGGGAGAAGUCCUUGUGUCUUGUGAUGUCAUUCUAUGCACUGUCAACUUUUUUUUUUUUUCUACUGAAAGACAAUUUUAUUAUGUGGUGUUGCCUCCAUUGAAGGCGUAUUUUGUAUAUCUAUAUAAUGUUGACAAGGAGCAGCCUAGUGCUCAGCUGUUAGAUUGAGGUUGUCUUCCAGGCAGACUACGUUGCACGUCAUCGACUGUGCCGGCCUGGCUAUAACAUAUGUGGUUGAUUUGAUACGUAAAACACCUAUCCAGACAUUGUGAGAUCUGGCAGGCGUCUGCAAUGUAGUCAACCUGGGAACACAGCCAGAUACUUGUGUAGAACGGAGGGAGCACCAUCGCCUACUGCCUUGACUGGUUUUGCCAAAUGUUAUUUGUGUUUUUUUUUUAAAUAAUGAGCGAGACAGUUGACAUUUUUUGGUAGUGAUUUGCGUUUUGUUAAAAUAUUGAUUUUCUCAGAAGUAGGUUUGAGUCAUUUGUGAAGAAAUGUAACAGAAGGUGAAAGGUCAGCUCGGCUUUAUUUUAUUGGACAGAAAUUGUUAAUAAGCGAUUGUCUGAAAUGAUCAGCGUAGCUUUGUGGAUUAAAUACAGUAAGGGUUCUAUUCAGUCUAGAUCUCUGAAGCGAUGUGCACGGAACAGAAAUAUACAUGUAAAGUGUUGGUCCCAUGUUUCAUGAGCUGAAAUAAAAGAUCCCAGAAAUGCUC